GGCAACACUGUUGACCGAGAAACGGUGGUGAAUCCACCGUCCGUUCCCUCGCAACUGAGCGACUGCAAUCGAGUGGGAUGACAGUUCACAGCUGACACAGACAGAACGGGGAAAACAGAUCUAUUCUAGCAUACGAGUACCCGACAGUUAGUCAGCAGUUUUGAUCCGCAGCAGCAGAAAAAUCUAGUGAAAGAUUUCGGUUGUGUGAAUUUAGUGCUGUAUGGAAUUUCUUGUUGGCUACAUUGACCAUUGCGGUUCGAGAAAGGUUUAGUCAGUCGAGGUAGGUCAAAACUGUUCUGUUCAAUUUCUUACCUUUUAUUGAAAGCAGUUUGCACUAGAUUCCGUUUGUUUAUAACCUGAAAUAUAACUAUUGUAAUACUUACCUGUAGGCCACACAUUCCACGUUUUCCACGGUUGCUGUAAUACCCAAAAGGGAACAGUAAAACACUGAAAAUGUAAGGAAACAUUAUACUUACCUGUUAAUUAUAAUACUAAAAUGAAAUCUAAUAAAUUGCAGCUUGAAGUUGCUAAGUUGGCUACUAUAAGACGGUGUUUUGUUCCGACGAUCGGGAACAUUUCUUCAAGAUUUUCAUCCUGAGUCGGAUGAUUGUCGCCCAUUGUAGGACCUUGACGAGCAGUUCCGCAGCCGGGAAGACGUCCGCCCACCUGAACGACCCACAAUUGAAGACGACCAACAUCGCCGCCGCCGCCGCCGCCGCCGCCGUCGUCGUCGUUUGAUUGCAGUUAAUCCAAGUCAGUACAGAUUUCCUUUUUUGCUCCCAUCUCGGAUCCCGUCCACAGUAGUGGCCCGUGCAAGUCGACGGUGUAUAGUAAGCUUGGUAGACAGUUUAGCUAGGGCAAUUAGAGUUAAUUAUGCCGAAAAAGAGCAAUGUUACCAACACGGGGGGAAUAGAUAAUCCGUGCAAGAAAUGCAAUCGGAAAGAGGGUGAUAAUAAUUGGGUCUGUUGCGAUGUCUGUGAAUCGUGGGAGCAUUUUCGGUGCGCGGGUGUCAGUGAAUCGAUUGCGGAUAAAAGUUGGAAGUGCAGUGAUUGUAUUGCUGACUGGGACGGUACCGAUAUUGCUUCCAAAUCGGGAGUGUCAUUCAACGAGUCAUCGGUUAGUAAGAGCAGUAGUCGAGCAUCCCAAAGAUUACAGCUCAGUCUGCAGCAUCUGGAGGAACAACGGAGGCUGAGCAAACUGCGAGCGGCUGAAGAGCUGAAGAUGAAGGAAGAAGAAGCAAGGCUGAAGAAGCUGCAAGCGGAAGAAGAACUGAAGCUGAAACAGGUGGAAGAAGCAGCCAAGCUGAAGCAGCUGGACGAAGAAGAAGAGUACCUGAAGCAAAGGUAUAAUUUGCUGAUGCAGAUAGAGGACGAAAAGGAUCCCUCGAGUCGACGAAGCGGAGUAAGCUUGAAAAGCAAACGGAGUGCAGCGAGGAGUGGUGUGAGCGUGAAGAGCAAGCGUGACCAAUUGGAGAAAUGGUUGAAGGGAGCUACAGUAGACGAAGCUGGACAGUCGAAGCCAUCAUCGUCGGGACAUCGAGCUGCCCUGCCGGUUCACACAGUCAGUGAAUCGAACCAACCGUCCGUAGUGAUCACUGAGUUGCCAGCGCCUGCUGCAGCGUUGCAGAUGCCGGAGCCGUCGAACGAGAAUCAGUUAAAUCAACAUGCAUCAGCAACAAUGGGACAUGUUACAGCAUUGGCAAAAUCCUACGAGCAGUUACUUUCUGGCCAAGAAGAAAGUGUAAUGAGGAGUCUGCCGAUAAUCCCAUCGGUUUCUGCAUCAAUUCCUGCUGGGACAACUUUAUCUACGGUUCCACAAGUACUUCUUUCCGGUAUGCAAAACAUCCGAGUAGGGAAUCCUGAUCCAGUUGCGGUGUGUUUAUCCAGUAACACUUUGCCAGCACAGAAUACGUUGGUUUCUGCUGCUCCAGGAAUUGCAUCGCAAGUAUCUAUCGGUCCGAGUGGUCUAUUGUCAUCAGUAUACGGAAGCCAUCCGUACUACACGGCCCCUCAGACGAUACAUCUAGCACCAACAAAUACGACAGGUCAAGGAUUACCAAGCAGUUCAGCAGUUUUCCACGGAAAUGGACCGUUUGUGAACCCAUCGAUAUCCGUGGGAGGAAAUACGCUUGGACCAUCUGUUCCUGUAACCGGAUCUUUCGGAGCCGGGUCAUCUGGCGUCCGAAUGGGCUCUAUUAUGGGGCCAACAAGUGCCCAAUUGGCAGCACGACAAGUGAUGCCUCGGGAACUGCCAAAGUUCAACGGAGAUCCUCAGGAGUGGCCCAUCUUCUACAGUUCCUUCAAGAAUACGACGGAAGUUUGCGGUUACACUGAUGCGGAGAAUUUGGCCCGAUUACAGCGAUGCUUGGGAGGCUCCGCAUUGGAGGCGGUCCGCAGUCGCCUACUACUACCGGCGUCAGUUCCAUACGUGAUGGAUACACUGCAUAAGCUGUACGGACGGCCAGAAAUAUUAAUCAGUUCGCUCCUGAAGAAGGUGCGAAAUGUGCCUCCACCCAAGUCGGAGAACUUGAGCACGAUUGUCGCAUACGGAUUGGCGAUUCAGAAUUUGGUCGACCAUAUCGUCUUGGCUGAUCAACAAGCUCACUUAUCGAAUCCAAUGUUGCUCCAAGAGUUGGUCGAUAAACUGCCCACCUCACUGAAGAUGCAGUGGGGAACCUACAAGCAGGCCUUCGGAAACGUCAACUUGGCGACGUUCAAUGGUUUCAUGGCCGGCCUUGUCAAUCUGGCAUCUGAGCUGACCAUCGAUGUAGAUUCCGCUCAAAAUCAUCACAAACAAGUGAGAGCGGAAAAGCCCAAGCAGAGAGAAAAGCUGUUUACACAUGCCAACGAGUCACCUGAUGCAACGAAGAGAGGGAAAGAUACUUCAGUCGAAGAGUCCACGUCGAAAGCCUGCUCAUACUGCGGAAACGAAGGGCAUCAAAUCCUCAGCUGUUCCAGAUUCAAAUCGUUGGACAUCGGAGCAAGAUGGAAGGCAAUGCGCCAGAUGAAUUUGUGUCGCUUGUGUCUCGUUCCGCAUCGGAAGUGGCCUUGCCGAUCCAAGAAAGAAUGCGGCGUGGAUGGCUGUCGGAUCCGGCAUCACAUGUUGCUACACAGUAAUCAGUCUUAUCGCAGCGAACCAGUACCACCAACGAAGCCAUCUGAAACGGUACAUCACAACUACCAUCACACGAAGUCCUAUUCCCUAUUCCGUUAUCUGCCAGUUACACUCUAUGGAAACGGGAAGGAAGUAGACACCUACGUAUUUCUAGACGAUGGGUCGUCGUCGACAUUGUUGGAAGAAGCGAUUGCAGUUCAGUUGGGGAUCGAUGGAGAGUCAGACAACCUCUGGUUAGGAUGGACCGGAAAGAUCGGCAGGCAUGAGAAGAGUUCCAAAAGAGUCAGCGUAAAAAUUUCCGGCAGUGGCAAGAAGGAAACGUUCCACUUGAACAACGUACGGACCGUGCGUGAGUUAGGACUACCAAGCCAAACACUGAACUACCCUGAGUUGUCCAAAGCCUACGCGCACCUACAAGGCCUUCCUGUCAACAGUUACAAGGAUGCGAAACCAGGAAUGAUCAUUGGCAUCGAGCACGUACACCUUCUUACCAGUCUCAAGAUCCGUGAAGGUUGUAAGAGUGAUCCGGUCGCAACGAAAACUCGGCUCGGCUGGUGCAUAUUCGGAAGGAAUUCUGGCAGCGUAGGAUCAGUAGAGCAACUAAACCUGCAUGUCUGUAAGGAAAUGAGUAACAGUGAUCUGUACGACUCGAUGAAACAGUUUUUCGCCGUCGAAGAAGCCGUGGUGACCAAGCCACUUGAGUCCGAAGAAGAUCAGCGAGCUAACAAUAUCUUGGCAGCGACAACAGUACGACGAGGGUGCCGAAUCGAGUCUGGAUUGCUUUGGCGCAAAGAUGACAUCUACUUUCCUGAAAGCUACAAGAUGGCGAUGAGUCGGCUCCGAGGGCUAGAGAAGCGCCUGUCCAGGGAUGCAGAGCUGCGCAGAAGAGUGAACGAGCAGAUUGCGAGUUAUGAAGAAAAGCAGUACAUCAGUAAAGGGUCACUAGAAGAGGUUGCCAGUCUGAAUCCACACCGUGUCUGGUACUUACCUCUAGGUGUAGUGAUCAACCCCAAGAAACCAAAUAAAAUUCGUAUGGUUUGGGACGCGGCUGCAAAAGUUGGUGGAGUUUGCUUCAACGACAUGCUCCUUAAAGGCCCGGAUCUUCUCGUAUCGCUCAUGGAAGUUCUGUUGCGGUUCAGGCAAGGAAAAGUUGCAGUGUGCUCCGAUAUACGGGAAAUGUUUCUGCGCAUCCUCAUUCGAGAAGAAGACAAGUGGUCACAGUGCUUUCUCUGGAGAAGUAGGCCUGAAGAGGACGUGGAAGUGUAUGUGAUCAACGUGGCAAUGUUCGGUGCAACGAGCUCUCCGUGUACAGCACAGUAUGUGAAGAACUGGAACGCAUCAGAAUACAGUGAACAGUAUCCCAGAGCAGUAGAAGCGGUAAUCAAAAACCACUACGUCGACGACUUCCUCGACAGUGUCGACUCGGUAGAAGAAGCGGUAGAGCUUGUACAGCAAGUGAAAGACAUACAUGCAGCAGCAGGUUUCCAGUUCGGCAAAAUACUGUCCAACGAGCAGGAAGUACUAGACCGACUAGGAGAAACAAGUUCAGCUAUCAGUAAGCCACUGCCCGUAGACAAGGAUCGAGCAUACGAACGCGUUUUGGGCAUUACGUGGAUUCCUUCAGAGGACAUCUUCACUUUCAGCUACGAGGGAUUGGAGGAAGUUCUUGGUACCGACUGGACGGUGCCGACGAAGCGUCAGGUUCUGCGUAUCGUCAUGAAGCUGUACGACCCCCUUGGAUUCGUCGCACACUUCGUCGUGCAGGGCAAAAUAUUAAUGCAGGAAAUUUGGCGAACGGGCACGAAUUGGGACGAGCCGAUAGCAGAACAGCUACACGAUCUGUGGAGUAGGUGGAUCGAACUGUACCGGAAGAUCAACGAUGUGAGCGUUCCUCGCUGCUUCUUCAAGGAAUUAUGCCCAAAGCAGGUCAGAGACAUCCAAAUCCACGUCUUUACGGACGCAAGUGUGUCAGCCUGUGCUUGCGUGGCGUACCUAAGAAUGACAGUAGGAGAAGAGAGCCUGUGUUCGCUGAUCGCCGCAAAAACCAAAGUGGCACCUCUUCGUACACUCUCAAUUCCACGUUUGGAGCUGCAGGCGGCCAUGAUGGGAUCUCGCUUGCUACAGAAUAUCUGCUCAGCGCUCACAAUCAGUAUUCAAAGCCGUUUCCUGUGGACAGAUUCAGCAACAGUUCUGGCGUGGCUUCGUUCGGACAGUCGUCGCUAUCAUCAGUUCGUGUCCUUCCGCGUUGGAGAAAUUCUUUCGCUGACCAGUGUGAACGAAUGGCGCUAUGUACCCUCACGAGAAAAUGUGGCAGACGAUGCCACGAAAUGGAAUGCCGGACCAUCAUUCGAUCCAGAAUGCCGUUGGUAUCAAGGACCAGCUUUCCUGCAAGAUCCGGAGAGUCAGUGGCCUACGGAGCGUUCCGACGGUACAGUGGAAGCAGAAGCGGCUUGCGAAGAAAUCCGCGUCGUUGCUCUUCACCGAACAGUGGAGGAAGUGGUAGAUGUGCAGCGCUUUUCCAACUGGAACAGGCUAUUACGUGCGAUGGCAUAUGUUCACCGAUCUGUUGCAGUAUGGAAACAUGAAGCAAGUGAGGAGCGGCCGCUCAGAGUACCAAGUCAGACGGAAUUCAAGAAAGCAGAAGAAACACUAUGGCGGCAGGCUCAAUCCCAGGCGUAUGCGGAUGAAGUCCGUCUGCUGAACGGAGGACAUAGUGUUGCGAAAGGGAGUUCGAUUCGUGCACUGUGUCCAUUCAUGGACGAAAGAGGAGUUCUACGAGUUGGGGGCAGAAUCGAACAUGCUCCGACUCUUUCCUACGAGGCGAAGCACCCUGUCGUGUUGCCAAGGAACCAUAGAAUCACGUAUCUCCUGAUGCUUGGCUAUCAUCAGCGGUUCCUUCACGCGAACAGUGAGACAGUUUGCAACGAGUUGCGUCAGCAAUUUUACAUUCCGAGAAUGCGCAGUGCAGUUAGGAGCGUCUGUCGCAGCUGUCAGUACUGCAAGAUCAAAAAGGCCACUCCAGCUCCACCGAUGAUGGGACCACUCCCAAAGGUCCGAUUAACUCCCUUCGUUCGUCCGUUCACAUACACGGGAGUAGAUUACAUGGGACCCUUCGAAGUGAAAGUCGGUCGCAGUCUCGUGAAACGAUGGAUCUGUCUAUUUACCUGCCUUACAGUACGCGCAGUUCACUUGGAGUUGGCACACAGUCUGUCAACAAAGUCAUGCGUGAUGGCAUUCCGACGAUUCGUCAACCGACGAGGAGCUCCACUCGAGGUCUUCUCAGACAACGGCACCAACUUUGUAGGAGCCAGUCGUCAGCUGUCGGAGGAGAUGCAGAAGAUCAACGAAAUCAACGAGGACUGUGCUUCAACAUUUACCAACGCCCGUACGCAGUGGCACUUCAAUGUUCCUGCAGCUCCACACAUGGGAGGCCCAUGGGAGCGGAUGGUGAAAUCAGUAAAAGUGGCAAUGUCAGCAAUAUCGAACAGUCCUCAUCAUCCUAGCGACGAAGUAAUGGAAACGGUAAUGCUGGAGGCGGAGGGGAUUGUUAACAGCCGUCCACUCACCUAUGUACCAUUGGAAGCCAUCGACAGAGAAGCACUAACUCCAAACCACUUCUUGCUGUACAGUUCAAGCGGAAACAAACAGUCAGUAGUCACAGCCGACCAAUCAGUUACUCUCCGAGACAGUUGGACCAUUGCAAGAAAUAUCAUGGACGAGUUUUGGCGCAGAUGGGUGCGGGAGUAUUUACCGAUGUUAACCAGAAGGACGAAGUGGUUUGACAAUGUGAAGCCGUUGGAGCACGGUGAUCUAGUUGUGAUUAUCGACGAGAACGCUCGGAACUGUUGGGAGCGAGGACGGAUUCUGGAAGUCUUUCCGGACAAGUCAGGACAAGUGCGACGCGCGACAGUGCAGACGGCCCGAGGUGUGUUCGCUAGACCUGCAGUAAAACUGGCAGUAUUAGACGUUGUUGGAAACCAUCGGGAGCCGGAAGAAGUCGCCACGGAAACGGAAGUGGUUCACGGGGCGGGGGAUGUUACCGGCAACACUGUUGACCGAGAAACGGUGGUGAAUCCACCGUCCGUUCCCUCGCAACUGAGCGACUGCAAUCGAGUGGGAUGACAGUUCACAGCUGACACAGACAGAACGGGGAAAACAGAUCUAUUCUAGCAUACGAGUACCCGACAGUUAGUCAGCAGUUUUGAUCCGCAGCAGCAGAAAAAUCUAGUGAAAGAUUUCGGUUGUGUGAAGUAAGGUUUAUUAAUCAGUUUUCGAUCAGUUAAUUGAAUUUAUAUCGUUUAGUUUAGUGCUGUAUGGAAUUUCUUGUUGGCUACAUUGACCAUUGCGGUUCGAGAAAGGUUUAGUCAGUCGAGGUAGGUCAAAACUGUUCUGUUCAAUUUCUUACCUUUUAUUGAAAGCAGUUUGCACUAGAUUCCGUUUGUUUAUAACCUGAAAUAUAACUAUUGUAAUACUUACCUGUAGGCCACACAUUCCACGUUUUCCACGGUUGCUGUAAUACCCAAAAGGGAACAGUAAAACACUGAAAAUGUAAGGAAACAUUAUACUUACCUGUUAAUUAUAAUACUAAAAUGAAAUCUAAUAAAUUGCAGCUUGAAGUUGCUAAGUUGGCUACUAUAAGACGGUGUUUUGUUCCGACGAUCG